AAAGUGAGCCACACGAGACCGACUGCGUUAGUCUUGGGCGAGUGUUCGCAGCAGAGAGCAAGCUCCAAUAUCAGUCAUGGACUGAGCACCAAAGCGAAGACAACGUACUACUACCGACAUGGAGGCUCUCAAUAAAAAGCAACAGUGCGAGAAUGAGGAGGAGGCGGGGCCUAUGAUCGGCCUGGAAGAGGUGAAAACGACCAUAGGGAAGGUCAAGAGUGUCUCAGAUCUCACGAAAGGCUCCAACAAAGCCAUCUUUGCGCAGAGUCUAGUUGCCGGAGCGGUAUUUUUACUCACUGCAGGAUGCGGAAUGCCCAUUGGCUUUUCCGCAGUACUUCUGCCCCAGCUUCAGACGCCAAACAGCACAAUUCCCACCUCAGAAGAAGUAGGAUCCUGGAUUGCCAGCAUCCACUCGGCCUCGACGCCCAUCGGCUCCCUGCUGAGCGGCACCCUGAUGGAAAACUGGGGCCGCCGCAACACCCUUCGCCUCAGCGUGCUGCCCUUCCUCGUUGGCUGGAGCGUGCUCGCCUUCGCCGGCGGCCACGUCCUCAUCUUUAUCGGCCGCCUUUUCUGCGGCCUGGCCGUCGGUUUGGCCGCUGCGCCUUCGCAGGUCCUGCUGGGUGAAGUGGCUGAACCAAAGCUCAGAGGAGUUCUUGUCGGUGCUCCGUUUGCAAGCUACUCUCUAGGCAUUUUGAUCGUUUACACGAUGGGCUCGAUGUUGCCAUGGAGAACCGUGGCCGGUCUGUGUGCGAUUUUGCCCAUAUUCGCCCUAGUGGCUUUGAUGAACCUUCCUGAGAGUCCACCCUGGCUGGCCAAGGUGGGUCGCGGUCAGGAAGCACUUAGAGCGCUGACCUGGCUGCGGGGCGGCCAAAUGGCGCAGGCUAGAAGUGAACUUGCCGUUUUGGCUAAUCGCAGGGAGCAGGAAGAGAAGGAUGCUUUGGCGAAGCAGAAAAACAGACGGAUAUCUUGGACCAACUCGUGGCGGCAGUCUCCGAUACUGUCCAGGUUGGUCCUCAAGCCCUUGAUCGUGGUUAACGUGUUCAACAUCGUGCAAAUCUUGUCUGGCACGUACACAAUCAUCUUCUACGCGGUGGACGUGUUGCAACAAGCCGAGGGCGGCGCCGAGACGGACCGCAAGGCAGAACUGGAGACCGCGGUGCUGACAGCUCUCGUCCGAACAGUCAUAACAGUCCUGGCCUGCCUGCUUUUGCUCAAGGUUGGCCGAAGACCACUGGCCAUCAGCUCUGGUUUAGGUUCGGCAGCUGCUGCGGUGGCUUUGGGCUGUUGGCUGUACGUGGCACCGGCCCCAGGCACCCUGCCCUGGCUGCCAUCCACCUUGGUCAUUCUCUACGUCGGCUGCAACACAUACGGAUUCUUCGUCCUGCCCGGACUGAUGCUGGGAGAGAUGCUGCCGGCGCGGGCCCGAGGACCAGCUGGCGGUCUCACCUUCGCUGUGAUCAACACGACCCUGUUCAUCACGACCAAGAUGUACCCGUGGGCCGUGCACGUGCUUCAUCCGCACGGCCUAUUUUUCUUCUUUGGCCUGUGCGCUCUACUCGGCACCCUCUUUGUGUACCUGUUUGUGCCGGAAACCAAGGGUAGAACUCUCUCAGAGAUUGAAGACUAUUUCAGUGGAAGCAAUUUGAUCUGGCAAACGAGAGUAAAGGAGCCGGCCAAUGGCUCCGUUUAACAAUUCCUCUAGCAAAUUGAGGCAAGCAAAAUCUUUGAAAUGAAUCAUUAGUUAACAUCCUGGAUGAAUGUAUGGUAUAUAUCACAAUAUAUAAAUUAUUCUUCAUCAAUUUUAGAAGUUGCAAAUACUUUUAAUUAUUUAUGCUGAUCAUUUAUUUCAUUGAUUCGUCUUGUUGACUGCUUCACAAACGUUGUAAUAAUUGUGGCUAUAUUAAAUAGCUUUUUCUGGAAAGGAAAAAACGAAAAAAUAUUUUGUAAUGUGACUUUAAUGACCGCAAAAAGUAUUUUUGUGCUUGAAAAAUAAAUUCUUUAAAAUUAAAA